AUGUCAGCCAAAAAUGCGUGUUUUGGAACACGUUUUGAGUGCAUGCAUACCCAAAUCGCCAGAGCUGACGUGACAUUUUGCGAGCCCGCCACGCCUGUCUCCCGUUCUCUCUUUUCCUUCAUUGGACCCCAAGUACCUCCGUAUCCCUCCGUCUACACAGCCUCCGUCUCUUUGGUCUGGCAGACACUUUGCGCCAAUGUGCAAAAGCCGGAAAGAUUGUGUACAUGUUCGCUUAAAAGAACGACUAGUGUCCUAUCUGGAAUCUCAUUUGUCCACACUCCAUACCACGUGAUCUCUGUCCCACGCAGACUGACGUUCUCUUUUCUCAGUCUACCCACGCAUUUUCUUCUGGACUCUCUCUCUCUCAACUGCGUUUAG